CACACAUUCCAACCCCUCUCGCUCGCAUUCCUUUGCUCUCCCACUCCACUCCCUUGAAGGGCCCUACACACUCUUUUCAAACCCCCUUCGUUCUUUCCACUGCGCCUGGUCGCUCUGUAAUUCUCUUCUUCUCGUACUCCCUCAAUAAAACCCGGGCCUCCAACCCAUUCAUUCAUUCUUUUCCAUCCUCUCGCUACCAAAGAAAAUCCUCCCAAACCUCCUUCACCGAAACCGCUACAAAGCAUCACAUACAACAUGAAGCUUUUAGAUGCCAUCAUGACCAGCGCCGCCGCUUUGAUGGCGGUGCUGCCCAUGGUCGACGCAUUCUUCCGCAUCCCGUGUGGAGGUCCCUUGCUUCGUGAGAGGGCUGAUCCGAUCGUCAAUCCCGGUGCGGUUUCUAACCACCUUCACAACAUUGUCGGAGGCAAUGGCUUCGACUUCACCAUGACCUAUGCGAAGUCCAUCGCUGCUACCUGUACCACCUGUAAGGUUGUCCAGGACAAGAGUAACUACUGGAUCCCCGAUCUCUAUGUCCAGGCGAGAAACGGCUCUUUCCACAACGUCGGAAAUGGCGGUGCUACCAUCUACUACCUCCAGCGUAGGGAUACGCCUACUGAACAGCUUUACGCCUUCCCCGAGGGCUUCCGUAUGCUUGCCGGUGACCCCAUGCGUCGUUCGCUCAGUGGUGCGGGUAUCGAACAGAAAGGGAUUAGCUAUGCCUGUCUCGGAGGUACCACUGGAGAGACUGGCACCAUCCCCAACUCCAAGUGUCCUUACGGUCUUCGUAUUCAGAUCGUGAUGCCCAGCUGCUGGGACGGCAAGAACGUCGACUCACCGGACCACAGGUCGCACGUUGCUUACCCUAGCGACAACAACAAUGGCAAGUGCCCAUCGACCCAUCCCAAGCGCCUCGUCACACUCUUCUACGAGUUCCUUUACGACAUCAAGACAUGGGACAGCGAGUGGGUCAACGACAAGCACCCCUUCGUCCUCUCCAACGGCGACCGCGAGGGCCUCUCCCUGCACGGCGACUUCGUCUCCGGCUGGAACCCGGCGGUCCUGCAAAAGGCCAUCAACGAGUGCAACGCCGAGAGCGGCAACGUCGAGGACUGUCCGGUGCUCAAGCUUCAAGAGAACAAGGCGAUGGACGACUGCAUGGUCCCACCCUCAAUCAAGGAACAGACCGAAGGCUGGCUCCCCAAGCUCCCCGGCUGCAACCCGAUCCAGCUCGGCCCUGCGCGCGCCAUCCAGCCCCCCAACUGCGGCGCCGUCACCACCAUCGGUCCGAAGCAGACAUACUCCACGGACGUGAGCUCGAAGGGCUGGACCUACGUCGGCUGCGCUUUCGACGACCUGGGCGCGCGCACCCUCCCCUACCGCUACGCCAAGAACGAUAUGACCGUGCCAAAGUGCAUCGACCACUGCACCAGCAAGGGAUAUACCUACGCUGGACUCGAGUACGCUGAGGAGUGCUUCUGUGGCUACGCCGUGGCCCCCAGCCGCCUCACCGCCCUCAAGUGUACCAUGAAGUGUGCCGGUGAUAAAACUCAGUACUGCGGUGGACCACAAAAGCUGUCGAUUUACAAGAAGAAGUAGUAGGUUGAGCUGUAACUGAGCAUGGGUUGAUAGUUGAUCGUGUUUUCUUUCUUCAUUUUCUUCAUUUUCCUCAUUUUCUCAUUUUCAUUUGCAUUUCUCCAUUUUCUCCAUUUUAGUGCAAACGCUUCGUUUCUAGGCGCUUAGGCGGUUGGCUACUUCUUUCACGGUGUUGUUCUCCUGCUUUCACACUAUUUUUUCUCAUAUACCAUUGGGCG